CCACCCGGGCCCGUUUGGUGGCGGACGCAGUGGGGGGAGGCUUAAACAUGGAGGGGGCGGGCUCCGGGACUGGGGAGUCUUCCCCGCUGGAAGCUCCCGGGUCCGCGGACGACCGGCUUUUCCUGAUUAAAGGUGGAAUUUUCCUUGGUUCUGUUGCCACCGCCGGAAUGCUGGCUGGGUUUGCUACGACACUGUCAUUGGCUAAAAAGAAAAGCCCCGAAUGGUUCAGUAAGGGCACUAUGGCCACAGCUGCCUUACCGGAGAGUGGGUCUUCCCUCGCCCUGCGAGCCCUGGGUUGGGGCUCACUGUAUGCCUGGUGUGGGGUUGGUGUGAUCAGCUUCGCAGUCUGGAAAGCUUUAGGAGUCCACAGUGCACGACAGUUGGGGACACCUCCUCACCCCGAGAUGGCCAUACCAGCAUCCCUCUUCUCCCCUGACUUCUGCCUGCAUCUGAGCCACAUACUAGGGAUGAAAUGUCCCUUCGGCUCCUUGGUGGUGUCCCCUGUGGUCAUCUGCCCAGAGACCUUGCUGCUGCCGCAGUCCUCAGCUUUUGUUGAAGGUCAUUUUCUCCUCUGCUGCAGCAUGUACAGAAAUGCGUAGUUUUUCCACCAUAUCACCAGAUCCCGGCCUCAUCCUCUUCCUGACCUAGCAGCACUUGGCACAGCUGACAGGAAACACUGUUGUGUGGCCCUGAGACACCUGACCGCUCACUGGUCUCCCCACCCCUCCUCUGGCGGGUCUCGGAUCUCAGUGUCCAGUGGCUUUGUACUCACAUCUUCCUGAAGGCCCUCAGCUCUCUCAUCUACAUUCUAAUAGCAAGCCUAAAUCUGUUUAACGUUUUUUUUUUUAUGAAACUAGUUAGCAACUUAGUUUUUAAAAUGAAACAUUCAAGUGUGACUUAAUCCAAAGGCACAUUAACUUGAUACAUUGGGGAACGGAAAAUAUUACAAGUCCUUAUUUUCCGUAUCUAAUCCAUGUUUCUAUAGGGGUAUAACAUUUCGUAUGUGCAGUAAGAACACUGUAAUUCAUGACAAAUCUAAACCGAGGUAUUUUGGGUGGCAGGAAGGCGCGGGCAGGGCAAAGUGUGCCUGCUCAGUGUUCAGGACCAAGGCUGCCAUGACCUGCACGGUCGUCCAGCGCCCCUGGGUGAGCACUGCCAGAAACACCUUGAACUCAGUAAGCAUUUGGUGCUGAAUUACUUUUCGGGCAUUGAGCAUUCAGAAACCUUUUAUGACAGCCAAGUUUUCGGAGACCCCGACAUUCUAUAUACUAGUCUAGAGCGGCGCAAUGCACAGUUGAAGAAGGUGGGCUUGAGCGCCUCAAGUGUAUUUCUGCCUGGGGCCUUUAUUCUAACUUUGGCUUUUGGUUGUUGCCAAGGUUUAAACCCAAAUUUGCUUCCUGUCAGAGAAGUAUCCUCAGCCAUUUGGUCUAAAGUCAAGUCACUUUUUCACUCCCACUAGUCACUCUCUGAUGUUGUCUGUUUUCUUCAUAGCAUCUAUUGCAGAAUGAAAUCAGUGUUUGUAAAAAUGGUAAUUCUGAAAGAGUAGAGAACUGAUCCUUAGGACUUGUGCCAUGUAAGGUGUAGCAGAUGUGUACUAA